AUGUGUUGUAAAUUGGUUCAGGGUAAUUCGAUGAAUCUAUCGCACCGUCUUGCGUCGCCGAAGCUCAAGACGGCGAGGCUCAAAGUUUCGUCCCGCGACAGUAUUCAUUCCUCUGCCGUCGACAUGCCUCGGUGCUCCGGUUCAGUACGCCGAGCAGCCGUUAUAUUCCUUUCCGCCAUUUCCAUCACAUGCUUCCUCCUCUACAGAUCCGCUGAUUCUCUCAACACCGUCUCCGGCUCUUCUUCCUCGAUUUUCUCUCGCAUUUUGCCGUCCUACGAUUCCUUCAAGUCUCUGGUUAGUGUGUCUCAAGCAUGUACAAGCCGGGAUUUUUCUUUCAUGUGGGAGCUUCCCGAGUUCCACUUAUGA